GCUCAGUCCCACCGUUCCUCCGGGCUCUUAUUUUGAAGUUGUUCACCGGAUGUAGCGUGCUGCUAAAACGAGCCAAAGGACGCUCGCUGUGUCUCCUCUGUCAGGUUCACACCUCCUGGUGGUUCUUGCAGCUGAGGAAGCAUCAUGGACAAAGUGAGGAGGAUCCUGGUUCAUGUUUGUAAAGACCGGGCGGCUCCACAGCGAGCGCAGUUUGUUCAGAGUGUAACGGGGAACUUCAGUGUCUGUGGAGAAGACGAGGUGGAGGUGAACUGCUCUCUGCACAAAAACCAGUUUAUUCUCUCCGGAGCAGACGCAGGACGAGGGAAGCCUCUGAAGAGGCCCGCCUUCUGUCCCAUUAAACACCUGACAGUCACAGAGGCAGCUGCGAUCCCAUUGGACGUCCAGCAGCGUGGUGUGGAUGUGGGCGUGGCCAUCAUCCUGCAGACAGCCAAUCAGAGAGUGUUGCUGACGCGGCGGGCUAAGGAGCUUCGUAUAUUUCCCAACAUCUGGGUUCCUCCAGGCGGCCAUCUUGAGCCAGAUGAGACGCUGCUGGACGCAGGCCUCCGGGAGUUAAAGGAGGAAACUGGACUGAAACUGGAAGCAGAGGGAAGUUCUCCUAAAGUACUGGGACUCUGGGAGUCGGUGUAUCCUGCCAUGCUGUCCAGAGGACUUCCUCAGAGACAUCACAUCGUGGUCUACAUGCUGCUGCUGUCCCCCCUGUCUCACCUGCAGCUGCAGGCCUCUCUGAGCCCGUCUCCUGCUGAGGUCAGUGCGUGUCUGUGGGCCGACAGCCGGCUGGUCAGAGCCGCCGUGUCCGCCCUGGACGGAGAGGACGCAGAGGACGCAGAGGACGCAGAGGACGCAGAGGACGGACUGCAGAGCAGCGUCAGGUAUUCACACCUGCAGCCUGAACCAGCUCAGACUAGAACAGAGAAGAUGUGA